AAUGACUUUUAAUAAAUUGACAAAAAAUACACAUUUACUGACAAACAGCCAAUCAUAAUAAGUUGGAAAAGUUGGUAUAAAACUUAAGUUUAUAUAUAGUCUACAAACUAUUUUGUUAGUCAAUCAAAUACAAUGAAGAUAUCAGUGAGAGUUCGCGGCGAAUGGUUUGCUGUUCCCUGUAUUCAAACGGACAAACAGACUGUCCGAUGGCUCAGUGAAGAGUCUCUCAAACGAUAUCUUAAACUCAAGCCUUCCUGUCAUGUGCCUAAUGUUUCACCGCUGGAAACGGUAUAUGAGAUCCGCAAAACUAAAGGAGGUGCCAUCUUAGAUCCAGACGAUCUUAUUGUCAAUGUUUUAGACGAUAAUGAUUUUGUUUCUGUUGUACUGCACAGCGAUAAGGCUAAUCCAGUGACUGGUCCGGUAGAAAUACAUUACAUACCAGAACAGGUUCCUACAAAUUACAAACCUCCAGAACAGUUUACAUCAUUGGAUGGUAAUAAUUUAGGAGCCGAUGACUUAAUAAGAUUGGGUAACGGACUCUUCAAAAUAAGGUUAACUAAAGAUGCAGAAGAAAAGGUAAGCAAAGGAAGAAUAUUAUUGGAAGAGAUUUUGGAUGAGAAUAGAGUUGUCUACGGAGUUAACACUGGAUUUGGAAAGUUUGCCACAACUGUCAUAAGCAAAGAAGAUCUCGAAGAACUUCAACUUAAUUUGAUCCGAAGUCACUCCGCAGGUGUAGGGGAACCGUUAUCACCCCGAAGGACUCGUAUGUUAUUAGCUCUAAGAAUUAAUGUAUUAGCCAAAGGAUAUUCUGGCAUUUCUUUGGAAACUUUACUUCAAUUAAUUGAUGCUUUCAACUGCUCCUGUCUUUCAUGGGUUCCCGAGAAGGGCACAGUCGGUGCAUCGGGUGAUUUGGCACCACUUUCUCAUUUAGCUCUCGGUCUUAUUGGAGAAGGAAAGAUGUGGUCACCAGAGAGUGGUUGGGGUGAAGCCAAGUAUGUACUCGAAUCACAUAAUCUCAAACCACUUCAUUUGAAGCCAAAAGAAGCGCUCGCUUUGAUUAAUGGGACACAACUUAUUACAUCACUCGGUGCCGAUGCUGUUGAAAAAGCGUCAGCAAUUGCAAGACAGGCUGACAUUGUGGCUGCAAUGACACUGGAAGUGCUUAAAGGAACCACAAGAGCUUUCGAUCCGGAAAUCCAUAAAAUAAGACCACAUAAGGGCCAGAGUUUAGUAGCCCGUAGGAUACGCGCUGUUUUGAACUCAGAUCUAUAUCCGUCAGAAAUAGCAGAAUCUCACCGAUUCUGUAACCGAGUACAAGACGCCUAUACUAUUAGAUGUUGUCCUCAAGUUCACGGCAUAUCUCACGAUACCAUUGAGUUUGUUAAAAAUAUCAUAAACAUUGAAAUGAAUUCAGCCACAGAUAACCCACUAGUUUUCACUGAAAUGUCUGAAAUUAUAUCGGGCGGUAACUUUCACGGCGAAUAUCCGGCCAAAGCGCUCGAUUACUUAGCUAUUGGUGUCCAUGAAUUGGGAGCAAUGAGUGAAAGACGUGUCGAAAGGCUAGUAAAUCCAGCGCAGAGCGGAUUACCGGCAUUUCUGGUCAACAACGGAGGUCUCAAUUCGGGAUUCAUGAUAGCGCACUGUACGGCAGCCGCAUUGGUUUCUGAAAACAAAGUUUUAUGCCAUCCGGCGUCAGUUGACUCUCUGUCCACAUCUGCCGGUACUGAAGAUCACGUUUCGAUGGGAGGUUUUUCCGCCCGUAAAGUGUUGAGAGUAAUUGAAAACGUGGAGCGAAUUAUAUCUAUUGAAUUGUUGGCCGCGUGUCAGGCCAUUGAGUUUCUCAGACCAUUGAAAACAACAGCUCCUUUGGAAGCCAUCUAUCAAUUGGUUCGCACUGUUGUCAAACCUUGGGAUAGGGAUCGCAUUAUGUACACUGAUAUCGAUGCCGCUGCAGACUUGUUGAUCGAUGAAAAGGUAUGGAAAACAGUUGAGCCAUAUAUCCAUAAAUACAUUAAUGACAAACAAAUGGAGCCCUCGAGACCUCCUUCUCCGACCUCCACUAUUCUGCGCAAAAGAUCCCGAACUGAAGUCAAUAAUAAUACUAACAUUCAUAUGGAGUGAUGCAUACAAUCAUUGAUCACAAUAUUCAGAUCACAUAUUGUUUACACAAUCCUUUAAAUGCAAUCCAAUAUAAAUUAAAUAUAUUAAAUAAAUCCUUGAUUUUAAGCCAAAUAAUUCAAUUAAUAUAAAUAUUUUAUUA